GAAAAUUAUGACAGAACAGAUCACAUGGGAUUACUGUGUUCUAAGUGGGCAUGGUCAGUCAGGUUUCAAGAAAAUUCAGCAUUAAACUCUACGGACCCGAGUACCCACCCCAGGGGAUCAACAUUAUAUUAUAGUUCCUUUUUUAAAAUCUAAAAGCUUUGAACAUGCUUUGUACAUCUAACAGUCCAAAUUGCAUGCCAUCCUACUGGGUGAUCCUCUCUGAUGCAGUCUGCUCCAUAAGUUUAGUAGGCUAUAUUUCGCUUUACACGUAGAAUUACAUUGAUCUUCUUCUUUUUUAUGUUUUAUUUUAUUUUAUUUAUUUAUUUAUUUAUUUUUUGGUAAAUGCCUUUAUCCAAGGAAAUGUACAAGUAAGGCAGGGUAUAAUCCCGGUACAGAGCUGCAGCGCCGACAGAGCCACAACUCCGAGAGCACAUACACCGAGACCACCUCAAAACACAAAGUUUAGAGCAAGUUGAAGCUUUUCAGAACAAACCAGCAUGAGCAAAGUCAAAUUUUGCCCUGACCUACAUAUGAAUAUUCAUUAACAUGUAGCCUACAUUAUCCCGCAUAAUCGCAUUUUCUUUCUUUUUGCGCGUCUCCAAAAAAAAAAAAAAAAAAAAAGGCCUUGCACCUGCUUUUUCCAGAUGUCUUGCGACCUGGUAUAGCCUAGGUAACGAAGUCUACUUUAUAAUGCAUAUGACUGCAUUAUAUGCUUUACUGUUUUUUAAAUAGGUUUCAAUAGGUUAUGCAUAUUUAGUUUAGGGUAUCAGUGUUUGUGGUGUGGAUCUGAAUUCAUCAGUGCGCACAGCGCAAGGUGCAAAAGUGCAGAUUUCUCGGCCCCGCCUCUUUUGAUAUUCACACGCAAGGGAAGAAAAAAAAACACCUAAAACGCUCAGAUAUUAGCUCAAGGGCAACGUUUACACGUUACAAAAUGCUCCAAAACGUGUACUAUGGGCAGAUUAGCCAAACGGAUGUAGAAAGGUUAUUGGGAAAAUAUGGGAAGGAUGGAAGCUUUCUCUUGAGAGACAGCCAAAGCGAGCGAGGAGCUUUAUGUCUCUGUGUCAGGAAAACUCCAUUUGUGCACACAUACAGGAUUGUCCAUACACCUCAAGGCUGGGCAGUGGAGACUGAAAACAAGGAGAAGAUACAAUGGUUCCAGUCACUGGAUAAACUCAUUGAAUCCUACAAAAAGAUUCCCCAUAACAUGGUUCCUCUUCUGUAUCCGCUUGAAAAAUCACCUCUAUAUGAAGAGGAGAGAGAAAUCGGAGCAGAAUCAGCCUACAUGGAAAUGUGAUGCUCAAGUGUGACCCACUGAGAGGGAGUGUGUCUGUGCCCUGAAAAUAUUCCGCAAGAUGGCAGUGGAGCAACUAAAAUAUGUGUGGUGGAUGGCACACCUUCACUUCUAACUUCCCCUAAAGUUCAGAAGGAAGUUUGUAAAUUCAAGGUACCCACCCACUACAUGACAGCAAGUCUGUGUGAUGCAUUCUGUGUUCAGGAAAUUUCCGAUCGAAAGGGUUCAGUCUGUGCACUGGAUUCAGGAAAUUCCAAAAGAAAGAAACUGAAAAUACAGUUUAAACUGUAAAUAACGACACUUAUUUCUUGCAUUUAUUAAUCACAAUGUUUACAACCUGCCCUAUAUCUAGUGGACAGCCAUUCUUCUCUAAGCUUUGCGAAGAUGUGUUGUUUAGUUUUUAUACAAAGUGAAGUGUUUAGAAUGCACGGAAAAGUGAUACUCUGCACAAAGUAUCUUUACUAGAUAAUUUUUCGAUAAAAUACAUGUAAUUUUAUUGAUGAUAAACCUCUUGGAAGGAAAAUACCAGACAUUUUGACAAGAUGUUUGACAAGAAUGUUUCAACAUAAAUAAUGGAUGUGCCAAAAUGUGCAAAAUUCCACUUGUCAGGAGAAAUGGCAACAAUUACUACUUACUAUCUGUAUUGUUUAUACAAUGCAUGUUAAUUAACUAAGUUAAUGUAUUUUUUUUUACUUUGCCUAAAUCUCUCAAAUAAACUGCCAAAAAAAACCCCAAAACAUUUUCCUUUCUUUUUCUAUUAUUUCUUUCUUUUCUUUUUUAUUAUUUCUAUUUUAUUUUAUUUUAUUUUAUUUACUUGUGCUUAAGUUUCUGUUCUCCAUUUUAGGAUCUAUAUAGGAGAGCUGUGAUUAACGUUUUUAAAGUUACAGUUUUGACAUGAAAUGUUCUAAAUGUUUAGUAUGGAGGCCUAAGAUGCAAUAACAAAAACAAAGUAAAAUAAAAAUAAAAAA